UCUCUCUCUCUCCCCCCGGCAGACGGUCGCCACGAGCGCGUCAUGUUCGACAAGAUCACCUCCCGGAUCCAGAAGCUCUGCUACGGCCUCAAUCUGGAGUUCGUCGACCCGGCUCAGAUCACCAUGAAAGUGAUCCAGGGUCUUUACAGCGGCGUCACUACAGUAGAGCUGGACACUCUGGCAGCCGAGACCGCAGCGACGCUGACCACCAAGUACCCAGACUAUGCCAUCCUGGCAGCCAGAAUUGCAGUCUCCAACUUGCACAAGGAAACCAAGAAAGUAUUCAGUGAUGUGAUGGAAGACCUGUACAAUUACGUGAACCCGCAUAACAGCAAGCACUCCCCGAUGAUUUCCAAAGAGACUCUGGACAUCGUACUAGCCAACAAAGACCGACUGAACUCUGCCAUCAUUUACGAUCGGGAUUUCUCCUAUAACUACUUUGGCUUUAAGACGCUUGAGCGCUCGUAUCUGCUGAAAAUCAACUCUAAAGUGGCUGAGCGCCCCCAGCACAUGCUGAUGCGGGUGGCGGUGGGCAUCCACAAGCAGGACAUUGACGCUGCCAUCGAAACCUACAACCUCCUCUCCGAGAGGUGGUUCACGCACGCCUCGCCUACUCUGUUCAACGCUGGCACCAACCGCCCCCAGCUCUCCAGCUGCUUUCUGCUGUGCAUGAAGGACGACAGCAUCGAAGGGAUCUACGACACGCUGAAGCAGUGCGCGCUCAUCUCCAAGUCUGCUGGGGGCAUUGGGGUGGCCGUGAGCUGUAUUCGAGCCACGGGGAGCUACAUCGCCGGGACAAACGGGAACUCUAACGGGCUGGUCCCUAUGCUGAGAGUCUAUAACAACACAGCGCGCUACGUGGACCAAGGCGGGAACAAGAGACCGGGGGCCUUCGCCAUCUACCUGGAGCCCUGGCAUUUCGACAUCUUUGAGUUUCUGGACCUGAAGAAGAACACGGGGAAGGAGGAGCAACGCGCCCGAGACCUCUUCUACGCCCUCUGGAUCCCAGAUCUUUUCAUGAAACGCGUGGAGACCAACCAGGACUGGUCCCUGAUGUGUCCCAACGAAUGCCCAGGCCUGGAUGAAGUCUGGGGGGAAGCCUUCGAGAAGCUGUAUGAGAGCUAUGAGAAGCAGGGGCGCGUGCGCAGAGUCGUGAAGGCCCAGCAGCUCUGGUACGCCAUCAUUGAGUCCCAGACGGAGACGGGGACCCCAUACAUGCUCUACAAGGACUCCUGCAACCGGAAGAGCAACCAGCAGAACCUGGGGACAAUCAAGUGCAGCAACCUCUGCACCGAGAUCGUGGAGUACACGAGCCAAGAGGAGGUUGCCGUUUGUAACUUGGCCUCCCUGGCCCUGAACAUGUACGUCACUCCGGAGCACACGUAUGACUUCAAGAAGCUGGCGGAGGUCACUGGUGUCAUCGUGCGGAAUCUGAACAAGAUCAUAGACAUCAAUUACUAUCCUGUGCCCGAGGCCGAAGCCUCAAACAGGCGCCACCGGCCCAUCGGCAUUGGAGUGCAGGGGCUGGCGGACGCUUUUAUCCUGAUGCGGUAUCCGUUUGAGAGCCCAGAGGCGCAGCUGCUGAACCAGCAGAUCUUUGAGACCAUUUACUACGGGGCGCUAGAAGCCAGCUGCGAAGUGGCUAAGGAGCAGGGGCCGUACGAGACCUACGAGGGCUCCCCCGUCAGCAAAGGCAUCCUUCAGUAUGACAUGUGGAACGUGACCCCUACGGACCUCUGGGAUUGGAAGGCCUUAAAAGAGAAAAUCGCAACGUACGGCAUUAGAAACAGCCUCCUGGUGGCCCCGAUGCCAACAGCUUCGACGGCACAAAUCUUGGGCAACAACGAGUCCAUUGAACCCUACACCAGCAACAUCUACACACGCCGGGUUCUCUCUGGAGAGUUUCAGAUCGUGAACCCCCAUUUGCUGAAAGACCUGACAGAGAGGGGCCUCUGGAACGAGGAGAUGAAGAACCAGAUCAUCGCCUACAACGGCUCCAUCCAGAACAUCCCUGAGAUUCCAGAGGACCUGAAACAGCUCUACAAGACGGUGUGGGAGAUUUCCCAGAAGACGGUCCUCAAGAUGGCUGCCGACCGGGGGGCCUUCAUUGACCAGAGCCAGUCGCUGAACAUCCACAUUGCGGAGCCCAAUUACGGCAAGCUGACCAGCAUGCACUUCUACGGCUGGAAGCAGGGCCUGAAGACGGGCAUGUACUACCUGCGGACCAAGCCUGCCGCGAACCCCAUCCAGUUCACCCUGAACAAGGAGAAGCUGAAGGAGAAGGGCUCCUCCGCGGAGGAGGAGAAGGAGAAAGAGAAGGAGCGCAACAAGGCGGCCAUGGUGUGCUCCCUGGAGAACAGGGAGGAGUGCCUGAUGUGCGGUUCCUAAGGGGCUGCUUGGCCACAGGGACCGCACCCCCCCCAUGGGUCCCACCCACCCACCCCAUUGCUAGGGUAGGUAGGUCUAGGUUCACUUUGCAAGGUGGGGAGGGCCCCUGCGCUCUGCCGAAAGGGCAGGUUGCAAGAGCGCGGGUGCAAAAGGGGGCCUCGGCUGGAGAGGAAAAGCCCUCGGGUCCGGGGAGCGGGGUGGGCGGGCGGGUGGGCGAUGGGGACCUAUAUCUGCACAGGGUGUACGGCUGUUGUCGUGUGAUCCUUGAAGGGCUUUCCCACAGUCUUGCCUUAUCCGUGACACAAGAGAGGGAGGGGGGCGGGCAGGGUGUGCUCGUGUUCCUGAUUCGCACACGGAGAGAAGUGCACAGAUAUGCUUAAGGUUUAACAAGCCUCCGGGGACAAUCGCUUGCUGAACCAAUUCGGGAGAUACGGUCAGCGCCUGUGAAACCCGACAGCCUUGGAGGGAAACCCAAUCUCUCGUGGGGGGCCUGACCAUCCAUCUGUCCAAAGGUGGCCUCCUCAGGCCGCUGGCGCUCUAUGUUGCUGGGCACCCUUGACCCUCCGUCUCUCAAGAGGGUUGUUAUUUGGAGGAAAGGUUUCGCCUCCGUGUGUAAAGAAAGCCAUCCGAAACCACUGUGGAGAGAGAGCCUUUCUUUGAGUUUCCUCCCUGUGUUGGGUUGAGCAGUAUUACUCUUGGCAACAAAGCGGCUCUGCUCGGAGGCCUUUGUGUCUUUUGGGCUGGGAUGUUUUUACCAAAAAAAAAGCAAAACGAAACAAACCACCUUUCUGCUUCCUUUUUUUGUCCUCUUAGUAGGAAAUCGGUGGCCUCGUUCUGGACUCUUUGUUGAAUUCUGGUCCUGUGCUUCUACGCUUGACUCCUCUAAGCUAAUUUGGGAUGUCAAUAAAUCCUAUGGAAUGAUGA